AUGGAGGUCUUCCUCAGCGGUCUGCCCACUGAGCAGCUGACAGCCCGGAGCCUCGAACAACAGCUAACGCCUCUCAUUUUGAAACUUGGCAUUGGCAAGCAUGAUUUCGGGUGCGAGAAGGCCGCCAGAAGCAAGUUUGCCAACCUGACAUUUCGCCAUCCUGAGCAAGCCCGCCUGUUCCUUAGACAUUAUGGCGAAGUUCCCGAAUCAAGCACAAACAAAAUAUCCAGUCUACCACAAGGACAGGCACAACCAUCGCCGUUUGGUCGCGAUCGCGCCCCGAGAUCCACUGCCCGUCUGCGCCUGCUCGGUAAGCCUAUCUGGUGUAGGAAAAGCAUUCGUGCCGUGAAUCCUAUCACUCUUCGUGGCAUGGAUGAGUCCCACAGGAGACAUCAAGAGAAAGAGAGUAAAGCCUUGACCGGUCAUAGAGAUCAAGACAAACACCAGCAUGGUGUUGAUUUUGAUGUGAUGGGCGUGGCUUGUGGUCAUUAUGCCUUUGUCAGCCAGCAGCUCGCCUACUUUCCGGAGAGAGAGUGGCCAUGGAUGUGCAAAGCCAGCUUCACCAAACUGAAUCUGCACGUCAGGAGAAGCGAUGGCACGAUCAGAAUGCGCAUUCCCUUAUCCACGAUCCAUGAGAUCGUCUGGUAUACGCAUGACGACAGGCAGGGAACCCUGACCCUUACGCUCGACUCUGUACCGUGGUUUCUUACAGAGGAGUGUACCCUGGACGAUUUGAUGGCUCGCAUAGCUAUUGGCUCGGGGAAGAUCAAGGAAAAUCAGCAAAAUCGCAUGCAAGCCCUCGAUGAGCAGCAUGCCGAAAUUGUUGGAACGUGCCUUACCUACCAUUUCAACAUUUCCUCACACAGCAUCAGCCGCGAUAUAAAGAUGCUCGAGCGCAAAAGCUUCACCAAUAUCACUCGUUACAAACUUGCCAUCUGGAAUACACCACACCCAACUCUUGGCUCCUUCAAGGACAAAGCUUUGCAGUUGAGGCAAGAGCUCAAAGCAGCAACGUCUGCUUCUAUCAACAGUGGCAAAAGCUUGCCACACAGCCAUCUAUUUGUGCUCCAGGCCCUGUUUUACAACGGCUACCUGCACCCUGCUACCGUUCUCGAGAUUCUCCAUCAACUUUUUCGACGCUUCUAUGAAGACAGGCUAUCUGGGCGCACCUUUAUUGCUCCAGAAGCCGUCAAAAGUCUCAUGGACGCGGAAUGCAUUCCCUGGCCUAGCCCGUAUGAAGAUCCGGAAUACUUUGAGGUCUCUUCCCUGAUGAAAUGGAUUUACGAGAAGAAUGAAGAGUUUCAGGGAGGCUUCGACCUAAGAACAGGCCAGCUUCGACAGAAUAGCAAUCUCACUCACAUCUACCGAGUGGUUGUCACACCUACAAGAAUCACCUUGCAUGGGCCCGAGAUUGAGAACAAGAAUCGCGUCCUGCGAAAGUAUCCGAAGCAUCAGGAUUGUUUUGUUCGUGUCCAGUUUUGCGACGAGAAUACACAGGACAUACGCUUUAGCCCUAAGAUCUCGUACGAUCGGGUCUAUUCGAGGUUCCUUGAUGUACUCAACCGUGGCAUUCAGAUUGCUGGACGCGUUUACAACUUCCUUGGGUUCUCCCACUCGUCGCUGCGAACGCAUUCUGCAUGGUUCAGUGCGCCAUUCUUUGACCAAGGCAGUCAACACACUCAUGCCUCUAUCAUCAAGAGCUUGGGCGAGUUCUCAUCUAUUCAAUGUCCUGCCAAAUGUGCUGCUAGAAUAGGACAAGCUUUCUCCGAGACCCCAUCAGUCGUCGACCUGCGGGAUCAUGAUGUGGAGGUCGUGACACACUUUCCAGAUAUCACAAAUCGCGACGGGUCGCGUGUUUUCAGUGAUGGAGUGGGCAAGAUUUCAGAGAGCAUGAUGCACAUCAUUUGGGAAAACAUCCCGAUGAAAAAGAAUGCACCAACCUGCUUCCAGGUUAGAUGGGGUGGCGCCAAAGGCAUGCUGGCUCUUGACAUGACUCUGAAAGGCACAAAAGUCUGCUUCCGAGAUAGCAUGACCAAGUUCGAAAGCGACGACGUGCACCAGCUCGAGAUCUGUGACUCGGGAUCUAAGCCCAUCCCCCUGGUGCUGAACCGCCAAAUGAUCAAGAUCCUUGAGGAUAUGGGGACCGACCGGUCCUGGUUUAUGAGGCUGCAAAGUUACCGCCUCCAGGAGCUUCGCUCCAUCACGGCAAGUGCAUACAACACCUGGCACUUCCUUGAUGCUCAGAACGUUGGCCAAGCGAUCAAGCUUGGAAAGUUUAUCAAUUUUGCCGACAAGCACGGUAUGGACUAUCGGACCGAUGACUUCAUGCGAAGCGUAGUUGAGGCAGUUGUACUUCGCGAGCUGCGUCUGCUAAAGCAUAAAGCACGCAUCCCCGUCAAAUAUGGGAAGACACUGUUCGGAAUAAUCGACGAGACUGGCUACCUGCGAGAAGGCGAAGUGGUCAUUUCCUUCGGCUUCUCCCAAACCGGAGAAGAUCAGCCGACGCCACCUCAAGAUGGCCAGAUUGUCAUUGUCACUCGAUCUCCUGCGCUUCAUCCCGGAGACAUCCAGAUUGCCAAACAGGUGGUCCCACCUCCGAGCCACCCACUGUCGCAUCACAUUAACUGCAUUAUAUUCAGUCAGCAUGGACAGAGAGAUCUACCAAGUCAGUUGAGUGGUGGCGACCUGGACGGCGACAUAUACAAUGUUAUCUGGGAUGGGGACGCAAUGCCAAAGGAAACAUUUGAUCCAGCGGAUUAUCCUCGGGUUGAGGCUCAGGACAUCGGCAGGAGGGUGGUAUCUGCCGAUAUGGCUCAGUUCUUCAUCGACUUUAUGAAAACGGACCAUCUCGGCGUCAUUGCAACGCGCCACGUCAUUCUGGCAGAUCAGUUGGACGACGGAACUCUUUCCCAGGAGUGCCGGACACUGGCUGGACUGCACUCCACUGCAGUCGACUUCUCCAAGAGUGGCAUACCAGCCGAGCUCAAAGCGCUGCCGCGAGCAAACAAGUUUCGCCCAGAUUUUCUAUCCCCUGGACCGAUCACCAAUUACCAUGAUAAAGGCAAAAUCACUCUUGAGGAGUACACUAUUUCUGAAGAAGCCGAAGAAGAAGAAGAAGAGGGCGAUGGCCCCCGCUAUGGGUACUAUCGAUCGGAGAAAGUGUUGGGACAGCUCUAUCGUGAGAUCGAUGAGGAGAAGAUCUGGAACGAGAACAUCCGGGUGGCCGUUGACCACAACAAGCCUUCGUUCUGGGAAACCUUCAUAGAUUGGGCAAUCAAAUCUGCGGCGACGGUUGGCGCUGUUUCCUGGCCUGUCCGUAUCGACUCGGCAAGGCGGCUCAAGAGUGCCUAUGACGACCAUGUCAGGGGUCAUAUGUCAAAAUACUCAGACCACCCAGUCAAUCCGAUAUCCGAGCGCGAGGUUUUCAUCGGGGCUAUUCUCAACAAGACCGGUGUACAGACACAUCGACAACGAGACGCAUCUCACAAGUUGCGCGACGAGUUUGAACGUACAGCCAACCAUUUUGCCCGCCAGAUGCGCAUGGGUAACGAAGGGCCCGACUGCGUUCCUUUGACUGGGUACAUGGCCGAGCUGGGCCCAUCCGCAGCGCUGGACCUUUGUCUUGCCUGUGUAUGUGUAGCUUCGGAGCAAGAUGUCCCGUUGGUUGCCUCGCGUCUUGGGAUAUCCAAAAGUCCGAGUCGACGAGCAGCUGGCAGAAAUGGCAGGAAGGAUGGCGAAAACAGCGAGCUGCAAAGCUUCCGCCUCGUAGCUGCGACGCAGUUCCUGCGGGAACUGCGCGUCAAGGAGCGGGAGCUAGGCGUUGGUGAAGCUGGUGGUAAGGGAGGCGGCGGCUUUGUUGGUGUCUCUGCCUACGCGUAA